ACAAAACACCCCUCGACGCCGAUACCCUACACCCACCAACACGCACAGAAUCCCGGGGCGGAGGCUAAUUCACCUGCAUUUCUCCAGCUACCACCCUGCGCAACCCACGACGUCGCCCUGACCCUGACCCUGAAAUUCCCGCCUUGCCUUCCUUGCAGCCCCAGGAGUUCGGUGCACACCUUCGCCUCCUUGUAUUGCUACUCUAACCCCCUCGUUUGCUCUCGCCCCGAGGAUUGCCCCCGGCCUCGCAGACGCUCGUUCGUGACCAUCCCAGUAGGCCAACAUGGAGGCAAAUCAAAACGACGAGCUAUACCCAAUCGCCGUCCUGAUUGAUGAGCUGAAGCAUGACGAUGUGGUUUUGCGCCUGAAUGCGAUCCACCGCCUGUCCACCAUAGCUCUUGCCCUGGGCGCCGACAGGACGCGGGAGGAGCUGAUACCCUUUCUUGACGAGUCGGUGGAAGAUGAAGACGAGGUCCUCACCGCAUUGAGCGAAGAAUUGGGCAAUUUCGUCGACUACGUUGGCGGCCCCGAAUAUGGGCACGUGUUGCUCUCGCCUUUGGAGAACCUCGCUGCGAUAGAAGAGCCCCUCGUGCGCGAGAAGGCGGUCGAGUCCCUAAACAAAAUUUGCGAGCAGUUGUCACAAUCGCAGAUCGAGGAAUACUUCAUCCCCCUCGUCAUACGCCUCUCAAAAGCCGACUGGUUCACGUCCAAAAUCUCCGCUACCGGCCUCUACAAUGUCCCCUACACUCGAGCUACGCCGCCGUCGCAAGAGCACUUGAGGCAGCAGUACGGGCAGCUCGUGCACGAUGAUACCCCCAUGGUCCGGAGACAAGCGGCGAGCAACCUGGCAAAGUUCAUCAAGACGAUGCCAGCUACGAUUGUGAUCGAGGAGAUGAUUCCGCUUUUCCAGCAUCUCGCAGCGGACGACCAGGAUAGCGUUCGGCUUCUGACGGUGGACAUCCUCAUUGCAAUUGCAGAGGCGGUGCCCAAAGAGCAGCAAUCAAGCCACGGAGUCUUACUGACUGCUUUACGAAGCUUGUUCGAGGACAAGAGCUGGAGAGUCCGAUACAUGGUAGCGGAUCGGUACGAAAAGAUUGCGAAAGCUGUCGACGAGGAGGUGGUCAACCGAGACUUGGUGCCUGCUUUUGUGAAGCUCCUCAAAGACACUGAGGCGGAAGUGCGGAGUGCAAUUGCGGGGCAGAUCCCAGGCUUCUGCGCCUUACUCGAACGAGAGACUCUCCUCCACGAAGUCAUGCCGAGUAUAGAGGAGCUUGUUUCGGAUCAAUCCCAGCACGUUCGAGCUGCUCUUGGCACCCAGAUUAGCGGGCUGGCCCCGAUUCUCGGAAAAGACGAAACUAUUUCACAUCUUCUUCCCAUGUUUCUUCAAAUGCUCAAGGAUGAAUUCCCCGAUGUGCGACUAAACAUAAUUUCAAAGCUCGAGCUUGUCAACAAUGUAAUCGGCAUUGAACUUCUGUCCCAGUCCCUCCUCCCUGCGAUCGUCCAGCUCGCCGAGGACAAGCAAUGGCGUGUCCGUCUGGCCAUCAUCGAAUACGUUCCGCUCCUUGCCUCACAACUCGGGGUGAAGUUCUUCGACGAGAAGCUGAGUAGUCUGUGCAUGAGCUGGCUCGGCGAUACCGUCUUUUCUAUCCGCGAGGCCUCCACUCAAAACCUCAAGAAACUCACAGAGGUAUUCGGGGUUGAGUGGGCUAACGAUGCCAUCGUUCCGAAAGUCAUGGCUAUGGGCCAGCACCCCAACUACCUCUACCGGAUGACUACCUGCUUUGCUGUUUCCACCCUCGCACCAGCCCUCAGCCUCGACGUCAUCGAGACGUCAAUCCUACCCAUGAUGGACAAGCUCGUCAACGACGAUAUCCCCAAUAUCCGCUUCAACGUGGCAAAAUCAUACUCCAUCCUCAUUGACACACUCAAGCAACUCCCUGAGCAAGGCACGGUCCUCGCCCUCCAGAAAACAGGCAACCCCGGCACAGGUUGCCAAAAAGGCCAGGACCUCAUCACCAAAAGCAUCCUCCCGAAUCUGGAGAAACUACAGCAGGAUGACGAUGUUGAUGUUAGGUAUUUUGCUACGACAGCGGCACAGGGGUUCGCGGAUGCUAUGCAGACUUAGAUGGGGGAAGAAUGUAGGGUGGGAAGGUGGUAUGAGGUGAGGGUUUUGGUUUGGGGAAGGUGG